AUGAGCAUCGCGUCAACAUAUCAAUGGCAAGUUGAUGAAGUACUAGCCCAAGUAGUUCACUGCAAUACCUCCAAUGAAGUUUGGACUGCUCUCAAUUCCGCUUCUGCAUCUCAAUCUCGUUCAAAGGCUGUGCAAGUUUGCUCCCAACUUGCCACUGUUCACAAAGGUGGUCAAACUGCAAGUGAAUACUUCAUGCUUAUCAAGUGGCUUACUGAUGAAUUAGCAAUCGCUGGCCAAGAGAUGAAAUGCGAUGAUAUUAUCACAUACUUGUUGGUUAUUUUAGGUCCAGAGUACGAUUUCCUUGAUUCCACUAUUUCGCAUAUGGAUGGUUCUAUUAUUCUGGAAGAGGCAUAUUCUAUGCUCCUCACAUGUAAAGCUCGCAUCCAACACAACCAUCAGGCAAUUAUCGUACCUAAUGCCACACCAAUGUUGCAUUAA